AUGAAGCAGCACGAUGAAGUCAGAAACGAAUUUGUUUACCCCUCGAGACGAACAAACGAGAAUCUGCGAUUAAUUCCCUCGAUCACUCUGAAAUUGGAGGCCAAGUUCAACGGCGAAGGUCCAGCUUCCGCAGAAAUGCCUCCGAUCGACAAAGGCGACAAACUGCCUAGCGUGACUUUGUACGAAGCUCUGCCGGAAAAUCAAACGAAUAUACUGGAUCUGGUGGCUGAGAAGAAAGCCAUCAUCUUUGGAGUUCCUGGUGCUUUCGUUCCAGGAUGUUCCAGGGUACAUCUCAGAGGAUUCAUUGAAAAAUCAACAGACCUCAAGUUCCUAGGCUUCGAAGAGAUUAUCUGCGUGUCAGUCAAUGAUCCAUUUGUGAUGUCUGCCUGGGGAAAUGCCAGAGGAGCAAACGAUAAAGUGAGAAUGCUGGCGGAUCCCGCUGGAUCAUUUACCAAGGCUAUUGGUAUGGACACAGACAUUCCAGAAUUGGGAGGGACCAGGAGCAGAAGAUACUCCAUGGCCACCGUGAAUGGCAUCGUGAAAGAGUUAUUCAUAGAUGCAGCCAACGUCAAGCUUACGUGUUUGCAGACGGACGAGGUGGAGAUAGCUCAGUCGGUAGAGCAUCAGACUCUUAAUCUGAGGGUCCAGGGUUCGAAUCCCUAUUCGGGUGGAAAAAAAAGAUAUUGUCCUUUAGGACAACAGCACGAGGAGAGCCUCUAUGUGUAUAAAAAGGUCCCAGAGCUCUCCCAACGUGCGGAGGACAGUCAUCGUGGAGGCUCUUCUUAAAAACUGGCGAAUUUCAGAAAUCUAACAAAACAGGCGAAUUUCAAAAAUCUAAGAGACAGUCGAAUUUCAGAAAUCCAACGAAACAGUUGAAAUUGCAGAAAUUUAGGGAAACCGAAUGUGCAUACAGUAUACGUAUAUACAUUAGUCUCACGACGAAGUUGCAAACGUUCAAGGCCGAUGCAAAUGACCAUCCGCCUGAUAAUCUAAAGUGGGCUUUUAAACAAGCGCAUCCAGCGCGCGCGGUGAAUGGAGACACGCAAUUGGUACUUUGUCGCAAGUGCAACGUGAUUCCAUCGUAA